AGCUGCACCGGUUUAUUGCACACUCGAUUAAAAGAAAAACGCCUUUCCUACGACAUAGCAGCAUAUGUCCCAAUUGCCAAAGUACACAUUAGAGUGUUAUUGUUGUUUUGUCACGCGGAUCGAGUCGUGUAAUCCAAACAAUGAUCCAGUAAUCUGCAAGUUUCUUUCUCUUAGCUUCUUGCCUCUAUUGUGUCACUUGGGUAAGCAGCAAAAGCAUGAACAAGCAGCGCAGGAACAGAAGAGACAUACCCGUUUCGUGCGUUGGAGUCAAAAAGCCGGUCAUUUCGGUGGUACAAUUUGCCUCGGGCUGCGCGCGGGCAGCCCCCAAGUGGGGGGGGACAGGUUAGGGCUGGGCUUGGUGACACCGAGUGAAAGCUUGUCUUUGGGCUACUGCGAUUGGAGAUGUUUCAAAUCGCAAGGUUCGACGAGGAUGCGUGUUCAAUGGAGUUCCCAUUACCAAAACGACGGAUGGUUGGGUGGUCUAUGUCAACCCUCUCUCUCUCUCUCUCCCUCCCUCCCUUUUUCUCCUCUCCUCCUUUUUUUCUUUUACUUGACUCUUUGUUCAUGUCCGACCAUUGAAAGCCUGCUUUUGCACCCUUCAGAAAACGCUAUCGUGCCCAUAUAAACUGUCCCAUCAAAGCACACCUACAUACCCUCCCUCCCUCCCUUCCCCCCCAACAAUCCCCAGGAGCACAGCAGCACAGCAGUAGCAGCAGUAGCAGCAGCACGCUCAUCACCCAUACAAGAACGAGCCAUUUAAGCCUAAACUGUGGUGGGCUGACUGAAUAAGACAUAGAACUUGUAGACAACGAGAGUGACAGAGCCAGAGAAAGGCCAACAAGCACGCU